UUCCAGGGAACAAACCAAUAAUGUCGCGGACUGUCUUUUUAAGGUCCUGGUGCUGUAGUUUGCGAAAUUCGUUGCGAUGCAUACAAUUGGGUAAUUGUAUUCCCGAAAAGGGACUGUUCGGUGAGGAAUUGCUGAAACAUCCUUCGGGAUUCAAAUUACUCAAUGAAAAAGUUAGGAAACGUUCCUUCGAAUUGGUUGAUAAGAUUGUCAAUCGCAAGUGUGAAAAGAAAGUUGUUGAAGUUUUUGAUGACUUAUCAAAUGAAAUAUGUAGCGCUGCAGAUUUGGCUGAGUGUGUUCGAAAUAUGCAUUCGGCUAAAGAAUUCAGCGCAGCAGCGCAAGAAAGCAUGAAAGAUUUCACUGAACUCGUAGAAAGUUUAAAUACCAGAUCUGAUUUGUACAAGGCAUUGAAAGACUCGUUGGAAGCAGAAAGUAGUUCUUUGACUGACGUUGACAAACGCACAGCUUUGUUAUUCCUCGAUGAUUUCGAACAAGCCGGUGUUAGUCUAACUAAAACUCAGAAAUGUGAAUAUGUGAGGCUUAGCAAGGAGAUUUUCAUGGUUGGUUCACAAUUUGCCCAUGGUGCUGAGCUACCCGUUACGGUUGCACCAUUUUAUAGUAAGAUGUAUAGAGUGAAGCGGCAUCUCUAUAGUCCGAAUACACUUGCAGUUAACCGCAGCACCAGGCAGUGGUGCUAUGCUACCUAUUACUCAUACAAUGAAGAGCAAGAGAAACGCUUACGUCAUCUGAUUACUUGUCGGCAUUUGUUGGCUCGACUUACUGGCUACCAAUCCUAUGCUCAUCGUGCUCAACAUAAUUCAUUGCUUGGUUCGUACGAAAACGCUCAUGACUUCCUGAUUGAAGUCAUUAAAUCAUGUCAAUCAGCGGCUGAACAGGAGCUAGCCGUGUUGGCUGAUGUUUUAGCUCAGGUUGAAUCGAAGCGAGAACAUCUGUGCGAAUCUGAUUUAACAUAUCUUUGUAUGCUGUAUCGUGAGAAUGCUUUUGGUCAGUUACAGCAUCUUUCCAGAUAUUUUUCGUUUAACAAUCUCCUAAGAGGAUUCGAAUUGAUUACAGAACGACUGUACAACGUUUCUUUUUCAGUUAUGACGCCUGUUGCCGGGGAAAUUUGGCCAGGAAACGUUAUUAAGAUUGAUGUUUUUCAAGACAAAAGCAAGUUUUUGGGAACAAUUUAUAUCGAUAUUCAAGAUCGACAAACGAAAACAUCAGGCGACUGUCAUUUCACUGUUCGUUGCUCCAAGCAGUUAGAUGAUGGUUCAUAUCAAACACCAAUCGUUGUUUUAUCGUUGUCGUUAACGAAAGGAUUGGAGAACAUCGAUAAUGUUUUUUUGGUCCCCCAUCAAGCUGAAAAUUUUUUCCACGAAAUGGGUCAUGCAAUGCAUUCAAUGCUUGCGCGCACUCAGUACCAACAUGUUGCCGGAACUCGUUGUUCAACUGAUAUGGCGGAAAUCCCGUCCAAUCUGAUGGAAUAUUUCUUUAAUAACAUUGAUAUUUUGCGCGAAAUAGCGAAAGAUAAUCACGGACGUCCAAUAAGUGUCGAAGAUGCUGCUUCUCUCAUAACAUCACGAUUCGCUUUCACAUCUCUGGAAAUGUUACAGCAGGCUGUGUACAGUCUUUUUGACCUUGAGGCCCAUGGUGGCAAUGCGGAAGGUAUAAUGAAUGGUCGAGUUUCAACAGCCGAUUUAUAUGCAUCAAUUUGGUCGGUGGUUUUUCCAAAUGUCAAGAAAGAAACAGGUUCCGCAUGGCACCACCGAUUUGCACAUCUGGUACCAUAUGGUGCGAAGUACUAUUCCUAUCUGGUAGCAAGAGCUACGGCUUCGUUGAUUUGGAAUACUAGAUUUCGUGAUUGUCCAUUUUCCAGGGAGAACGGCCUUGCGUGGGCAAAGGUGUUAUCAAAAGGUGGCUCGUUGCCCUCUGCCGAGUUGUUGAAUUCGGCUCUUGGCUACUGGCCGACAGUGCAGAAUUUAGCGAUGGCGCUGAAGGAGGAAGCUGACCAAACUUGCCAGCGUUCAGCCGUCAGUAUAUAGAGGCUUUACAAAUGUUGAAUCGGAUUCAGGUUCAUAACAGCAGGUUCAGAUUACGUGUAACCAAGUUUUUGGCCUGGCGAGCAGCGCUUUUUGAUUCUGUCUGAAAAAUUCUUCACUCGCUAUAUUUAUUGUGUUUCAGUUUUACACAGUACUGUUGUUUUUAAAGAUUUUACAUUUUAGAAUUUUGCAGGAUGCGUGGAUUUUUACCUAAACUCAUCGCUCAUUUAUUUUAAUUAGUUUUUCUUUUCAAAUGGAAUUCAAAAGGAUUGAAGUAGGGAUGUUCGCUUUCAAUGUUGGAAUUGGUUCUGCCUUGUAUUACUUAUGAAUCGUACGUAAAUAUGUCAUUAGUUUCAUGCAUUUCGAAUAAAAUCCAUUAGGAUAAGUCCAUCGUUUACGAUACAUGAUUUGAUGAAAUCUGAAAAAGGGCAUAAGGGGUAAUACAUUUCUGUUUUGAUGCUGUCGUAUUAUGUUUUUUCUUUCUUUUUUAAAUUCAUUUUAAAGGAUUGUUGUUUUCUUGAUUAUACUAUAUCUGUGAAACAGUGUUUACGAUGCAUGUUAUCUAUGAAGCUGUUUUUUAUAAUGCAUGAUCUGAU